UCCCUGGCGGAGCACCUCCGACCUAACAACACUAUUAUUGUAUGACCCUCCUGGCAGGUACGGUCCGCUACGAUGAGGCUCCGUUUGGCCGGAGCUGUCCUGCUAUCGGCGGCCGCCUAUUACGUCUACCUGCCGCUACCGAGCGGCGUGUGCGAGCCGUGGAAACUGAUGCUGCUGGACGCGCUUUUCCGGAGCUUCAUGAAGGCGAGUGACGUGGCUCACGCAUUGGGCAUGUGCCACCGUGUCCACCUGUUAAACAAGGUGGUGUCCUGGGUGGAGGUGGUGGAAGCUCGCUCCUGCUCUACCGUGCACGUGACAGACACCCAGCUAGGAGGCGUGCCCACCCGAGUGUUUCAACCAAAGAAUGGAAAGAAGCUGAAAAGAGGAGUACUUUACUUCCACGGUGGAGGCUGGGCACUGGGCAGUGGACGAAUGCGCUCCUACGACCAUCUCUGUCGGAAAAUGGCGGAGGAUCUGGAUGCUGUCAUCAUGUCUGUCGAUUAUCGUCUUGCUCCAGAGGCAGUGUUCCCAGACCAGUACCACGAUGCUUUAGCAGCAUCACGGGCCUUCCUGUCCGCCGAGGUUUUACAGCGCUACAGCGUCGAUCCAGAGAGAGUUUGUGUAUCUGGAGACAGCGCCGGGGGAAACCUUGCCGCUGGUGUGGCGCAGGAGCUAGGCUCAGAUGAAACUCUAAAGGUGAAGUUUAAGGCCCAGGCGUUGAUCUACCCUGUGCUUCAGGCACUUGACUUCUAUACUCCGUCGUACCAGCAGAACCAGGCCGUGCCCAUCCUCUACCGGCCCAUCAUGGCUCGUUUCUGGCUGCAGUACCUGGGUGCCGACCCGUCCAUGGAGCCCAUCCUGCUGGCUAACAACCACAGCUCUCUGGACCAGCUGGGAGUCAGCGCUACAACCCGCUCUAAGCUGAACUGGACUUCUUUACUGCCAGCUGAGCGCAGGAAGAACUUCCAGCCAGUUUUUAAAGAUACAGGAUCACCAGAUGUGGUGGCCAAGGUACCGGCGCUGAUGGACGUGAGGGCGGCACCACUCCUGGCAGAGCAGGGAACUCUGGGUAGGACACCUAAAGCGUAUGUGAUGACUUGUGAGUUUGACGUGCUAAGGGAUGACGGGCUGAUGUACGCCAGACGCCUGCAGGAUGCCGGUGUCGCAGUGACCAGUGACCACUAUGAGGAUGGUUUCCAUGGCUGCAUGGUGUUUGCAUACCUGCCGAUGAUGUCGAAUGUAGGAUGGAGGAGCAUGAACAACUACAUCCACUGGCUGGACCGGAAUCUGUGAACAAACCAAUUGCUGUGUUUUGCAGCAGAAAUCUGGAAGCUAUUUAGGUAUAUAAAAAAAGAGCCAUGUGUGAGCGGAACAUCACAUCUUUAACACGACAGGUUUGAUCCACUGUGUUGAUGCUGCUUUUGAAAGGAACAUUAGCACAUCACAAAGGUUAAAAUCACUGGACAUAAUGACUUAAUUCAAAUCAAGGUGGAAGCUUGUCUUUAAACCAAAACCACCUCAUUUGUUGGGACCAAAGAAAGAGACAUUUAAUAAGAGAAACAUUUUUCAGCACAAACCUUUAAAGAAAGGCAAAAUAUUUAAGUCUUAUUAUUUUCUGCUAUUAUUUAUUGAGAGAAAUGAAAGAGAUGAAAGAAAUUAAAGAAGAUUUUGGGAAACAGAGACCAAGACAGGCUAGCUGAAUCUACACUGGACUUCAAAAAUGUUCUAACUUAAUUAAAAAUAAUAUUAAUAAUCAAAAAGAAACUAUUCUCAUGUACAUGAAGUAGCUAUUAGGAUAUAAUUACAAUAUAAUGUGACCUUUAAAUGCAGUGAUUACCUGUCUCUAACCACUCUGGGGGAUCCUUAAAAAGCUCUGGUUUAAUCAUGAUAACAGAACAAGGAAUACUCAGGUUUGUUUGCUGGUUCAAGUAUUUGUUUAGCAAGUCAGGGCAGUGGGAAUUUGAGUGGGAAUUUGAGAACCCAGCAAUGGCAUCCCUGAAACUUUGUGAUAUUAAUUUAUUGGGAAAAAUAUUUAAAGUGCUUUUUGCUUUUUUUUCUCAUCAAAGUAGUGUAAAUAUGGUCAGAUUCUAGUGAAUGUGUCCUAUUUUUCUUAAUUUCAAGAUGUUUUCCAGCAAAGUGAAGGAAAGGAUCUCAGUCAAAGACGGAUAAGGGUAAUUUAUUCAAUAUAUUGAGCAGAAAUAAUCUCAGUGACCUUCCACCGCUAUAUCACUCUAAUUUUUCUUAGCCAUUUGGAAAAGCAGCGGAACACAAUAUUGCAUAAUUUCCACCAUAUUUGUUUUCAGAGCUCUGUUUAAAAAAAAAAAAAAAAAAGACAUCCUAGAAACUCGUUGCUGAGCUGUACUGCGAUAAUUAUGGCAUCACUGCGGUGCAGGAUUAACAGCAGGAAGUCCUCACUUCUUUCUGUUCAGCUGUGGGUUCGUGCAGUGGAUCAUCUUACACUAAAGUGUCACAAAGGUCAAAUCUGCAUUCAGUAAACAGGGAAAUCUUUUGGACAGAGCCCAGGGAGAUCCCACUGGUGGGGGAAAAACUAGCUUGCAUGAUUGGACUUCUGGCUGAAAAAAUAAAUCACUGCGAGUUAUUUUGACUUGGACAAGGAAACACCACAACAUUUCCUUUAAUACUGUCAUAUGUCAGCACUUCGUUUUUACUCUUCAUGUUGAUUUUUGCUUACUUUACUCUAAUGGAGGGGGAUCUUUGGCUUCAUCUUUUAUUUGAACUUCCUGCCACCAGAAGCUGUUUGACUUUGUGAAAAUUUGGCAUGAGGAAAAUUCAGGGGAAAAGCAUAACCCUGAAACCUCUGUUCUUAAAUGAGAUUUAUUGUAGAAACAAAUUGUUUCUCAUCUGUCAUUCGGACUGCUUUAUUUUCACUAAGACACCUAAACAGUGUGCAAUACUACGUAAGUCUCGAUUCCAGCUCUUAUUUCUUUAUAUUUUGCCUUCAACCAAUCCGAUUUUUUUGUAAUAUCUUUAAGGUGGUUACGAGCAACAGUUCUACAGUCUUUCUGGAGGCCUUUCAGAGUUUUUCUUUGGACGUUGGGUCAUUCAGUCCAGUUCUUGUACCUGAUCAACCGGUCUUGUGCCCACCUUUAGACAACUUAGCAAAGAAGUAGCUUUAAAUUGAAUCUUUAGGCAGCCUGUCAGAAAACACAUUAUAUGCUCCCUUUUCUUUAGCUCCAUCUAUGAGUAAUUAUAAAAGCAUUUUGACAGAUAUAAUAAAGCAUUUCUGUACCAAUAAGAUGAUUCCCAUUCAGCUAUUAACUGAAAAAUAGGGAUAUCUCAACAAGGUGUGUGCCCUAAAGCAUUUGAGGAAACUGGACAAGUGGAGAACAAACAAUACACAUCAAGCCUGAAAAACUCUGUACAGCAAAUGAAAAGUAUCAGAGUAGGAAAAAAAUCCAGACCUGACACAUGACCUGAGUGAUGCAUCUGAACCUUCAGCCUCAUCAGAAAUGGUCACUGAAAGGUGGCUGUUAAGAAGCCAUUCCUGAGGUAAAAAGGGAGAAAAGACUGGGAUAUGCCAGAUAAUGCAAGAACUGGACUGAAAAUCAGUAACGGCAGGUCUGAUGGAGUUAUGAUUCCUCCCCAGAGCCUGGACUUCAGCGUUAUUAAAGCAGUGUGAAGAGCUUUAAAAUGUCCCUCAAGAAGCCUGGUGAACCAUUCCUGAAGAUCACUUAAAGAAAUGACAAGAAAGUUAAUCUAAGAAAGUUGGAUGGAUUAAAGAAUAAAGCUGAUUGAUGUUCAAACUUGUUAGAUGUGUACAAACUUUCAUACUCAACAGAGAACUUUGUUCUUGUUCUUGAGGCGGCAAGAUCAAAGUUUCUUGUCCCGGUUAUUUCAUACUUCAAACUUUGUCUGUGGUAAGGUGGGGUUUUGUUCUGGGGUCUGGGUGGUCUGUCUUUAUAUGCCACACGUGUUGUAUAGAUUUUCAUACUUGCUCACCACCUUGACCAGUUGUUUCUUAAAAUGAUCCGUUCAUCCUUGUUGAAAGUUUUGUAUCAGAAAAAAAAGGAAAUGGCAACUUUAUGCUUUGUUCUUUUCCACUUUAUAAACAGGUACUUUAAAUUUCUACAGAAAACAUUCAGAGCAAAUGAUCUGACAAGAACGAGCUGCAAGAACUCUCAAAAAUGACAUCAUUUUGUUCUUGCAGCCUCAAGUUUUCUGCCUUUGCAGAGGGCCUUAACAGAACUUAAACUAUAAGAGAGUUGGUCUCAGAGGGUUUCAUGCUGUGUUGGAAAAAGGCCUAUUUGGCCAGACAUUUACAUUCAAACUUUUUAGAAUUGCACAGGUGCUGUUUUUGCCUCAUUUUACUAUAUUUCCACUAAUGCUUGCAUAUUUCAAUAAAUCAUUGUACUUAUUUCUUGUUUUACAGGCAAUAUAUAAAGAAAGGUGGCUCAAGACAUUUGCACAGUACUGUAUAACAAGUAGGUCAGGGUUUAUGUGUUUGUGUGUGUUGUAGUAAAAGUAUGUCAGAGUUCACAGCUGUAUCCUCUCAGGAUUGUGCAAUAAUGUCAGCGCGAACGUGUCUCUGCUUCUCUGUAACUUCGCUCUCAGAUGAUCACUGUGCUGCAGGGCCUUUGCAAUGACGAUGACGAUAAUAGCUGUAAAAUCUACCAGAGCAUUACUGUAUCACCACACGAGAGGAGAUCCCAAGUGGACUAUCGCCUUUCCCUCUCCCACCGCUGUUGGCUCAAAACUAAUAAAAUGAACUGAUGCAGCGAGCAUCUGACAGGCUCGGUUUUGGCUUUCAGCCCAAAGUGCAGCAAGCCGAGAUUGUAGCAGAAACCCUCGUGCGAGUGUGGUCAUUACAGCUCUGGUUAUUGAGGAAAAAUGUGCAACACUGAGUAUCAGAAAACUGGUUUAUCCCCAGAGUGGAAUUCAUCAAAAAUAAGGAAUUCAUAAAAGAAACAUUUGCCGCAUGAGUGCUAUACACUCCUGAAUGAAAUUUUGAAUUAUAUGGUUAAAUAUUGGAUAAAUAAGGUCUUAAUAUAAGUUACGUUAUGCAACAGGUCAUUUGAGGCGAGUAAUUAUGGGUUAAGAUGGGACCCAGAUGGACUUCUGCACUGCUAAUAGAUCCUAUUAAGUAGCUGUUUUUAUUGGCUGUGGUGACAACUUUGGUUAAUGAGAUUCUUAAUUUACUCUGUUAUUUUUGUCCUGAUGUGUUUUGUAUGUAUGGCAUUCAGGAUUUUAUUUGUUCUUGCUUUUGUGUGUGAAAUAACAUUCCUAGAAAAGGUUUCACUGUGGUAACAAGAACAAUGUGACAAGACGUGACAGUUUGGGUCUCAAUCAUCUGUUUUUAUUGACAAAAGCUUGAUGUAAACCCAUUGACCCAUUUCACCCAUCUGUGAAAAGCUUUGAAUUUAUAUUAAUGAUAUAAUAAGGAUAAAUAGUUCUCUAAGUAUCCAAAUAGGGUGUUUUUAUGUCUAAUUAAAGUUAUGCACAUUAAAGUUGUGGUAGAAGUCCUCUUCAGCAUCUAAAAAAAUUACAAAGUGUACUGUUGUAAACAAAUUUAAAUAUAUUCUACUGUAAGUUUAAGUCUAUUUGAAGCAUUUAUCAGUAACUGAAACCUCUAAUAUGACAUUAUUAAUAUGUAAUUCAUUAUUUGUUUACUCAUUGUAGCUCUCAGGAGGAAUUUAAUUAGAUUUUAAGCAUUCAGUCUCUCCUGCCCUUACAAAAGUCAUAAUAAAGAGCUGAAAUGGGGAUUUGUUUUAAAUUAAAUUAGUUGAGAAUUAAUUUGACACAGUUGAAGGUGAAAAUUACUACUUUUUGGUUUCCAGGUUUUCUAACUUUGAACCUUCUGUUUAGCAAAUUAAAUAUUUACAAUUGUCAACUGUUGAUCAACAACUUCUCAUUUUUAUGAAAUUUUAUAAGCUGUUAAAUCAUACUGUUUAAAUGUUUGUGAAUGAUGAAGAAAGUAAGUUUCAUUUGGUUCUGGUCCUCUUAAGAAAACUGAUGCACAAAAGCUGAGCUGUUUCCUCACAAGCAUCAAAUAAAUCAGCCGCCUACGCUUCAUCAGGAGUUGGAACUUUGUCUUCAUUGUUCUGUUUUCUUUGCUUCUUUUGAAGUUUUUGUCAAAUUGAAGCAUAAAAUGUGUGAAACUAAUUUAAAUUAAACUGAAUGUAAUUCAA